UGUAUUUAUUUGCUGCUUUUUUUUCUUGUUGUUGUUGCAAAAAUGGUUUAACCCCCCCCUCCCCCGAGUAUAUAUUUUGUUGGAGCGGUGAAAGACUGAGUAUUGAGUGCAACAGUCUUUGUAAUUGUCAGAACUGCUUUCCGUUUUAAGAUAUCAUUUUGAAUGUGCAAGGCUGCGUUUGUAUUUGCAAGCUGGUGGAUCUCAGAAGUUUGGAAGCGCAACACUAAUCAAUUACAUGACAGCCCAGGCCAGAGGUGAUAGAAAAUUGCUUUGUCCAUGACAAAAAUAAACACAACUACAAGGUCAGCUCCUCGGUGGUAAUCCAGCAGCUGAAUGCUUUUGUAAAUGUGCCUUAGUCGAUAACGCCAUCCGAGACGGAAAAAUGGAGUCAGAGCAAAACAAAUGUAUGUUUACUGUGCUAUGCUCGUCAUUGCUAUGGCUUAUUCUGUCCGCAACCCAAACAUCUGGAGCUGCUGAAAUAAAGUUGGUGACACAGCCACAUUUUGUCGUAACUGAAUCGGAUGGCUCUAUCGUUAAACUAACUAUCGAGAAAACCGGAUCAGCUGUGCAAGAUUUUGCAGCAUAUAUUCUGCUGCAAGGGGAGAACACGUGGGACUUCUUUACUCCCUCCGUGGUCGCUUCAUUUCCCGCGCUGGGAAACCUCAGCAAGGCCGUGGUGCUCGGAGUCUCUGACGAUGACAUUCCCGAGGCAGAUGAAACGUUCACUUUCUACUUGGCCGCACAAGGUGACGCUGCGGACGUGACGGUGGGGAAUCCCAAGUCAGUGACGGUCACCAUCCUCUCAAACGACAAUGCCUUUGGAGUCGUUGCCUUUAACACGUCAUCGCCAAUCACAUUCGGCGAGACAAGAGGCCGGAACCAAUCGUUGGGGCUUGUGCUAAAAAGAGAAAAGGGAACCUUUGGAACUGUGUCUGUGAUGUUUACGGUUGGGAAUGAAACCAAUAAUGCAGAGGGAGAUGUGUACCCAACAAAAGGAAAGAUUACAUUUUUACCAGGACAAUCUACGGUUGUUUAUAACAUUUACAUAUUGGAUGACCAGAUCCCUGAAAUUGAAGAGGAAUUUGAUAUCAGGCUUGUGGCCUGUGAUGGAGGCGCCUCGGUUGAUGAGACCAAGAACGUUGUCCGUCUCAUCAUCAGCAAAAAUGACAGCCCUGUGCGUUUUUCGCUCAGUGAGAUCUCAGUGCUAGAGUCAGUGGGAGAGAUUAGCGUCUCCGUUAUUCGGGGAACAGAUGAAGUUGGUGCUUUUGCAGGCCUGGACGAUGGAAUUGUGACAAUCAACUACCAGAUAAUUUCUGACGGGUCUUCAGCUGCCAUCUUAGAUGUGGACUUUUUGGAUUUGCAAGCAAACAGGACCGUCACCUUUGCACCUGGGGCGAAAGAAGCAAAGCUGUACUUUCUUAUUGUGGAUGACACUACCCCGGAGAUUAAGGAGACCUUCAGCGUGGUUCUCCAAGAAGACAGAAUUGAGGGCGAUGCAGUGUUGACCGAACCGCAUGUAUUGCACGUCACAAUUGAAGCGAAUGACAAACCAUAUGGAGUUCUAAGCAUUAACAACAGUCUGAUUACGCAACCACUCCUUAUAAACGAAGAUACAACCCCAAGGAUGGAGGUCAUUUUUGUGGUACGCACAGGCGGAACAUACGGCGCGGUGUCUGUUGGGUGGAGAAUCACACGGGGUGGUGAAGACCCUUCUCCAGUCACCGCUGACCUAUCCCCAACUUCUGGAGUGCUGCAGUUCGCUGAUGGGGAGAGGGCUGUGGCCGUGAGUCUGCAGGUGGUGCAAGAUGUAGAGGCGGAGGAGGCAGAGAAAUUCAUCUUUGAAAUGAUCAACGGGACUGCCCAGGGAGGGGCAGAGCUAACGGACCCAUUCCAGGUGGCGUUUUUCCUGCGGGACAGCGAUGACGUCUACGGGGUUGUGGAGCUGCAGCCCGCUUACGAGCACAGCAUCGAGGGCUCUGCCGAGGGGAGACGCCUCACCCUGGGCUUGACCCGGCAGGGGGGGACACGCGGGGCGGUCAGGGUGUCUUACACGCUUCGCUACCUGCCCCCGGGAGUCCUGGAGCCCUCCAUGGGCAGGCGCGACGUUUUCAAUGCCACGGACGGCGGCGGUGGCGGUGAUGGCUUCAGUGGCGGUGCCCUCAUGCCAUCCGAAAGCUCUGCUGUGAACUUCACUGCUCUCAUCCGCAGCGACGCCUUCCUGCAGAGCGGUGCCCAUUUGUACAUUAAGCUUGAGAAGGCAGAGUUAGCUGAUAUGGUACCAUUGGUACCACCACUGAGUCCGCGAAUUGGAAACUACCGGAGUGUUUUUCUGCCUAUUCCUCUACAUGUUGCCAAUGAGGAGAUUGGGCUGAACACCAACCAGACUUUGUUUGUCUCAGAGCCAGAGGAUGGUGCACCAGUGCAGAUAACCAUCCCUUUGCAGAGGGAAGGCUCUGAUGAGCAUGCAGCUGUCUUCUGGAGUUUAACCCCGGUUGGACCAAAUCAGCAGUACGUUUCACUCUCUGACAUCGGCCCUCUUGAGGGUUCGGUGACAUUCACAAGUGGCCAAGGCACAUCGGCUAUAAACCUGACCAUCUGGCCUGACGACAUGCCAGAAAUGGAUGAGAUUGUCCGCUUAACUCUGAACAGGGUAGAGACAGAGAGGUUUUUAGUCUAUUACGGAGCAGAACCAGACAACCAGAUACUUAAGUCCGGUUUCACCAGUCGAGAAAUAGUCAUUCUGCAGAAUGAUGAUCCGGGAGGAACAUUUGAGAUAUCUCCAUUCACUCAAGGACAUGUCUUUGUUAAGGAGAGCCCAUCCAGUAUGGUUGCUGUGCGUGUUGUCCGGCAUGGAGGCAGCCUGCUGCCCUGCCUACUGCGGUACCACGUGGUACCAGAGGGCAGCCUCCAGUUCAUGGGCAGCAAUGGAAUUUUAGAUUUUUCUCCAGGAGACACGGAGAAGGAGCUUUCCCUGGUCCCACAAGCAGACGGCAUCCCCGAGCUAGAUGAAACAUAUUUGCUGCAGCUGAGCAGUUUAAAUGGAAGUGCGUGUAAGGUGGGAGACAAGGAUUCGUUGAACAUCACAGUGCUGAAGAACGAUGACCCCCACGGUGUGUUCGUCAUCCGGAGCUCCCACCUCCAGCAGCGAGUCCUUGAGAGCAAAGGGCUGAACAACCACACAGCUCAGUUCUCUGUGGAGAGGCACAGAGGCAGGUUUGGUGCCGCUUCUGUCUCGUGGGUAGUCACGCCUGGGGGCACACGGGAUGUCUCUCCAGUCAAGGGGACUCUGCUCUUUGGUGACCAAGAGGCAGAGCAGAACAUCACUGUGCAGUCCCUGCCAGACGAGAUACCAGAAGAUAAUGAGAACUUCACCAUCACGCUAAGUGACACCACCGGAGGAGCCUCCAUUGGGAGCCCAGCAGCUGCCAUUCUGACGAUCGGCAGCAAUGACGGUCCAAUAUAUUUUAAAGAACCCGCCGUCCUGCGGGUGUCCGAGGGCUCCGUAGCGGUUAUUGCCGUGCGGCGCGACGGUGCCAGGGAGAGCGCGGCCACCGUCAGGUUCAGGACCCAACCUGGGCUGGCGAGCGCCGAGGAUGGGGAUUUUGUCCCAGUGGUCGAAGGGCUAGACGUGCUGCACUUUGCUCAAGGGCAGACGGAAGCCUCGAUUUACAUUUCGACCGUCGACGAUGAGCUCCCGGAGGUUGAGGAAUCGUUUUGCGUUGUCCUCUUCGACCCAACAGGCGAUGUUGUUCUUCAUGGGUCAUCAACAGCCACGCUCAUAAUUGAAGCCAACGAUGAUCCUAAUGGAUUGUUUUCUUUUAACGAACCACACGAGAUCAACAUUGAGGAAGGCAGCACAGCAAUUUUAAGUAUCGUCAGGGAGCGUGGGUUGUUUGGGCUGGUGGCUGUCUCCUGGCAGCUGUUCAAUGGCAACGCAACGCCGCUUGCUGGAGAGGAGUUCAAAGACAGCAGGGGGACUGUGGUGUUUCUUGCUGGCCAGAGGGAUCACUCCGUGGUGAUCACUGCUAAUGUGGACAACGUCCCCGAGUUUGACGAGACCUACACCUUAAAACUCACCUCUGUCUCAAGUGGCUUCCCAGGGCCUGGUGGACACUUGGCAAGGUCUGGCAUCUUAAUUAAUGUUACAAUCCCCGAAAAUGACGACCCACGCGGGAUUUUCUCAAUCGCCUCAGAGAGUCAUUACCAAGAAAUUUCAGAAGACCUGCUAUCCCCUGAUGAUGUCACAAACGUUGCCAGCUUCACUGUAAUGAGGAGGCAAGGCUUGCACGGAGAUGUGAGGGUGGCGUGGGAGGUUUUGUCUAAGUCUGCUGCGGAGACGAUUCCCACUUCCAAGGACCUCAUCCUGCUGGCAACAUUUCCAAGCGAGGUUCAGCUCAGGCCCGAGGCGAGGAGGCCCCACACAGGCACUGACGCCUUAUACUUCUCUGGCGACGAUUAUGCAUUUGGAAUCGUCCCGCUUAGUCACCAGCCCGUCAUCACCAAUGCAAGCUUCACAAUAUCUGUGUGGCUCAUUCCAGAUCCAAACACUAAAGGAUAUAUUGUGGCCAAACAUUUCAACAGUUCACUGUUUUACUACAGCCUCAAAAUCACGACAGGCAUGGACGCUUCUUCUAUUGAGUUCAGCUACUGGCAUGGGGACAUCACCCAAAAUGAGACCGCGGUUUUCAACAAACAAGUGGAAGAUGGAGAGUGGCACCACCUCGUUGUGGGUUUCGAGGCGGGCGCAUGCAACUUUUAUUUAGACGGCACUCUCAAACGAGGGGGUAGCAGCAACUUGGCGAAUGGCGCCGCCACGGAUGGCCCUGGCGUGCUGGUGGUCGGCGCAGCGAUUGGCGGCUAUGAGCCGUACACCGGCCUCAUGCAAGACCUGCGCAUCUACGGCCGGAAACUCUCGCCGUCCGAAAUCCACGAGGUGCAUUCUUUGCCGGCCAAGUACGACCUGAGCCCAGUGUCAGGGUACCUGGAGUAUUGGGAAGGCGAGGGCAACAAAUCCUUCAUCGUCGAGGCCCUCAACGACAACCACGCCGAGGGUGAGGAGGUCUACACCCUGAGGCUCUUCGACGUCAGAGGGGGGGCCAGGGUGGCUCCUGUUGGGAGCGAAGCCGAAAUCGUCAUUGAGAAGAGUGAUUUUGCCAACGGCCUCUUCGGUUUUGCUGGGCCGUGCAUUCCGGAGGUUUGUAGUGAGGGCUCAAAGCUAUCGUGCAUUGUGGAGCGGACGCGGGGAGACCUGGAUUUCGUUCAAGUCAACUUCACCGUCACACAGACAGACUCACAACGCACCGAUGCGGAAAAUGACUUCGACGUGCACGAAGGAGCCAUCACAUUCAAACCGAUGCAGACGUUUAUGGAGAUGACCUUGGAAGUGCUCGAUGACGAUCGACCUGAGCUGAUGGAACACUUUGAGGUGGCGCUGGUGGCCGCGCUCUCUGCAGACGGGAAGGCAGGCAGAAGUCCGAGCAGCGGGGCCAGCGUCGAUCGCAGCAAGGACAGGGCGCUGGUGGCAAUCCAAGCCAGUGACCACCCACACGGUCUGCUCCAGUUCUCUCUGGGGUCUGCUCCGAGUGACCACGACCCUGUGAUCAAGCCCGUGAAGUCCGCGCCGGUUGUGACUGUUCAGGAGGAGGUGGGCCGUGUCCAGCUGCUGGUCGUGCGGACCCAGGGCUCCCUGGGGGAUAUCGUCGCUGGGUAUCGCACCGUGCCACUCACAGCCACCAGCCCCCGUGACUUCCAGAUGACUUCGGGUAGCCUGCAUUUCCGCGAAGGCGAGAGAUACAAGAACAUCAGCGUGGAGGUCAGAGAUAAUUCCAUCCCUGAGCUGCCAAAGUCCUUCCUGGUGCAGCUCCUCACUCACACCACGGGAGACACGGAAGAUCUUCUUGAUUUGGCUGCCAGUGGCAGUGGAGAUGGAGACUCCGAUUCGAGUUUGUUUGUCUUUAACAAUUCCUAUUCUUGGGCUGAUCUUGACAGUGGCUCGAGCAUCGAGGUUAUAAUCGAUGCCUCUGACAACGCUUACGGAGUGUUUAACUUUGCACCAGAAUCAUUGUCCGUCUUUGGUAAUGAAAAUGCUGAACAAAGCCUCGUCACACUUCACAUCACUCGGUCUUGUGGAAAUCUUGGCACAGUGACCAUUUACUGGAAAGUCGAUACAGAUUUUGACCACGACCUUGUGACCCAGACGGGCAAAGUUGAAUUCGAUGUUGGUCAAAUGGUGGGAAACGUGUCUCUUCAGAUCGCAGACGAUGCAUUUGCAGAGAUGGAGGAGACUUUCACGAUAACUCUCGCGAAUGUUUCAGCCGGCCGACUGGGAACCGAUGCCACGUCUACGUUAACCGUCUUUCCUAACGACGACCCGUAUGGCAUAUUCAUUUUCGCGAAGAACAGCCACUCGGCUAUAGUGCAGGAGGAAUUGGGAAAUGCAACUCUUACGAUUGUUCGAACGCAAGGCCUUACUGGCGAGGUAUUAGUGACAUUCUCAACCGUUGAAGACGACGAAUAUUUGUCCCAAAUGCUUCCACACACCUUUCUGGCAAAUGAGCAAAGGGAUUACCUUGCAACGGUUGGAAGUGUUAUAUUUAAAGAAAACCAGAGCGAGGCUUUUCUCUCCGUACCUAUUGUGAACGAUGAUGAGCCAGAAAGGGCUGAAACGUUGCUCGUGAGGUUGUUGAACGUGAGCCUUUUAAAGGGAGACGUCAAAGUCGUGGAUCCUCCACGGCUUGGGCCAUUGGCAGACACCGUGGCUCGGAUCGUCAUCGCUGCCAAUGACGAUGCCAACGGAGUGCUUCAGCUCUCCGCUGCCAAGGUGCUCGUGUCUGAAGAUUCGUCCAGCUCCUUCAUCAAUGUGACCAGGACGGGGGGGCUGUUUGGAGACAUCACAGUCAAGUUUAAGACGAUACCGUUCACUGCACGCAUAGGGGAAGACUUCACUGUGGGUUCCUCUGACGUUCUUUUCCACGAGGGCGAGACCUAUAAGGCAGUUCCAGUCUACAUAAUCAGUGACAUCAGCCCCGAGCUGGAGGAGACCUUCACUAUCCAGCUGAUCGAUGAGAUAACGGGUGGGGCCCGGCUCGGGGCUGUGUCCUCUGCUACCGUUACCAUUGAGCCGUCAGACGAUCCCUUUGGCUACUUCGUGCUGCGGGACGUACUCGCGCUGGUCGAGGAGCCGGUGCUCGGCACGCGGCCGGUGAGCCUCGCUGUCCUCCGAGCCGGCGGUUCCGUCGGAAGCGUGUCGCUCGCGUGGAGGGCCACGCUGGGGGGCGUCGAGGCUUCCGAAGACUUGCUGCGGUCGUCCGGCGCCAUCCUCUUCCCGCCAGGAGACACGGAGCGCGCAAUCCGGAUAGACGUCCUCGCCGAUGACGUCCCUGAAUUACAGGAGGUCUUUCUGGUGGAACUGUUGAACGCGUCCAACCGUGGUGUGGUUGGGAUGCCGGCGCUGGCACAGGUCAUCGUGGCGGCCAACGACAACCCCCAUGGAACUGUGGAGUUCCUCUGGCCAGAAUACGUCGUUCAUGAGCCUCAGUCCGACAAAGACACUGUUAACAUCACCCUGCACAGGAUUGGUGGCCUCUUUGGAAAACUGCGUAUAUAUGUCCGAACCUACGAAAUCGGCAUAUUGGAAUUGGCGCAAGAUAGUGGCGCUACCGUCAUGGAUUUCUUUGAAGAAGCUGUGAAUGGGAGUGCGACUGCUCGAAAUGCCGUGCCCUUGCCCCUUCACGUGAACAACGGGACCGAGGUUCUGCAGUUUUGCGCGGCCUCGUGUCUACGAGAGCUGGCUUGUCUGGCCUUUCAAUACAGAGCCACGCCGUCUGCUGCCGAGUGUUUUUGGAUGCCAACCUUGAGCGAGACGUUCAACGACUCCACGGGAUUCGUAAUACGAUCCAAGAAGACGGACACGUCAGAAGUGCUUAUGAGGAAAAGGGCCUUGUCCGGCAGCGAUUACGAGGGGUUGACCUGGUCAAGCUUUGCCAUGCCUCCAGGGGUUGAGUUUGUCCACAUUCCGAUCGUUCUGUUUGGAGAUGACGUUCCGGAGAUGGACGAGGCGUUUGGCCUGUCAAUUUCCGGCGUCGAACUUGCGGACGCCAGCGCUGACGACACGAUCCUUCCAAACGUUGGCAGGGACAGCUCUUGCAGAGUCAUCAUAAGACAGAACGAUGACCCGCACGGGGCAUUCGUCCUACGCAGCACCGGACCUCAAGCAGGUCAGGAUGCUCGUGAGAUAUUCGUAGAGGAGAGUCCGCAGUCAUUUGUGCAGAUCGCCGUGAAGCGAGAGGGAGGAAGCAUCGGUGAUGUCAACGUGACGUGGGCUGUCGAAGGGGGAACAGCUCUGAGGAAUGUAGAUUUCUUUGCUGAUGAUGACAUGCUUCUCUUUCAAGAAGGCGAAACAGAGAAAAUCAUCGAGCUGCGGGUGGUCGAUGACCACUUUGGCGAGGUGAAUGAAACCGUUCUGCUGGCACUGACGGCCGUGCACGGCGGCGGUCGCAUUAAGCCAGGGGAAGGGGCGGCCACUGUGGUUAUACUGGCCAAUGACAAUGUGGCUGGCAUGGUUGGCUUCCAUGUGGCCUCGAGGGCUUUCAUUGGCGAUGAAGGUGACGUGUUGCUGCUCCGAGUGGAGAGAAGUGCGCCUGCUGCUGGCGCUGUUAUGGUGGACUGGUCCAUGACAGGGAAGAGCAUCUGGAGAAACUUUCUCCCAUACAAUGGAACCAUCCAUUUUGCGGAGGGGGCGCUCGGCGUGAACUUCUCGGUGAAGCUGCUUGAGGAUGGAGUCCCGGAGGAGGAGGAGGUGUACGGCGUUCUGCUGUCCAACGUCAGGACACUUGGGAUGUGGUGGGGUGGGGCAGCGGCCCUUGAUGAGCAGGCGUCGGAGGCCGUGCUCACUGUCUCAGCCAGCAAUGAGCCGCACGGAGUCAUCGGUUUUGCCCCUCAAUCUCGAUACGUCUCGACAGCGGAGGGAAACACAACGAUCACGCUCUUCCUCGUCAGGGAGUUUGGCUCGGAAGGAGCAGUUAAUGUGACGUAUCAGACUUCUCGGGGCUCCAUAAAGCCACUGAAGCCCGGAGAGAUGGCUUUAGCAGAUCCUAAGCAGGACUACCUGCACACUGCCGGCUUCUUUAUUCUAGAGGAGGGACAGACAUCAACGUCCAUCCGUGUCACAGUUCUGGAGGACGAAAUUCCAGAGGUCAGUGAGGUCUUUUUGGUGAACCUGACAUCAGUCGAGUUGCUUGUGUCAACAGCAGCUGGGCCUCCACGUCUGGAACCUGAAAUAAUUAGAUAUAAGCUAAAAGACAUCUUUGGCUUGGUGGCACAAGUUGUUAUCGAAGCUAAUGAUGGAGCAGGAGGAAUAAUAUCUUGGAAAACAAACAGCAUUGUGGUGGAGGAGGACGUGGGCAAGCUGACCGUGGUGUUACAAAGGGGGCCGGUGGCCUACGGCAGGGCAUACUUGCUGUGCUACCCACAGAGCCUGGAUGCUGAACUUGGACUGGACUAUAUAUUCACUGCUGGGACAUUAUUUUUUGAACAUGAAGAGGACAUUAAAGUUUUAGAGAUAGACAUUGUGAAUGAUACUAUUCCUGAAGGAAUUGAGAGGUUUCAACUGAUCAUCACCAACCCUUCUCCAGGUGUAGAGAUUGGUCCUCUCAACACAGCCACCGUCACGAUAUUGGCCAACGACGAUGCACACGGCAUUUUGGCCUUCGACUCGGACGAGCCGGUGGUGCUGUCGGAGCCGGUGCUGUUCUCCGUCGCAGAUGGCGUCGCACGGAUGCUGAUUGUCAGGGAGCCAGAGCUCGGGGUGUUUGGCCGUGUGAGCGUGCGGUUCAGGGUGACACAAAGCAAUAGCUCUGGCCCCGUGCUGGAUCUAACCCCGUCUGAGGGUGUGGUGGUUCUGGAGGACAGAGUCAGAUCAAAGCCCCUGGAGAUCUCAGCAGUGAUAGACGAUGAGCCGGAGAUGGAUGAGAUAUUCCUGGUCACACUUUCUUCUCCCACCGGAGGAGCGGUUUUGGGAAACAAGACGCAAAUGACCAUCAGAAUCCUAAGGAACGGCUCUCCUUACGGACUCCUGAAUAUCUUUGCAUCUCAUACAAGGUCCGCGUCGGUGAGCGUGCGAGAGGGCGACGUGACCGUCUACAUGCAUGUGACACGGAGCCAGGGUCUGCUGGGCAGGGUGAGCGUGGAGUGGGAGACCCAGCCCGGGACGGCCCAGGGGCAGAGGGGUGAUAGUAACGCAUUAGCCACUCUGCAGAUGUUCCCCGAGGCUGCAGGCUGGUGCUCAUUUAUUCAUGACGGCUCCGUCUACGGCGUGCUGCUGCAGUCAGUGCGUGUGAGAAACGCGAGCGAUUUGAAUGGCACAGAGCUGUCCACAAUCUAUCGCUGGCAAGGCGUGUUUGUGCCUCAGCAGCAUUUCCCUACAGAUGGUGCUUCCACUUGUGUGACGCUAAGCGUUAACAGCACUCCUCAUGUGCUCAUCAGCAGCGAUAACGGAGGCAGUAAUCUCUAUGCCUUCCUUCCAGAUGGGGGUAUACAGCUGCUUCAAGAAUUCCCUGGAGAGAGAUUCAAAUCAGUCAAACAUUUUAUUUAUGAACAUAACAAUUAUUUAAUUUGCCUUGAUAUAUUCAAUGAGACUGAUGUGAUCACACAGGUUUAUGUGUGGAAUGGAACCGGGUUUGCUUCUUACCAGAGCCUAAGCACUCCCUGGGCCGGAGACAUGGCGAUGUUUCACCUCCAGGGGAUUUCAAAUCUCCUGGUGUUACGUGCACAGGACCCUGGUGAAAACGUUUGGCGUUCCCGCUUGUAUGCGUGGAGAGAGUCUCGCUUGCAGAGCCCUCUGGACCUCGCUGCAGGAGGAACUGGAAUCUUGCAUGUCUGCUCCAUGAAAAAUGAGACGCUCUUAUUUGUUUUAAAUAAAAGCAGCUCAACGGAAUUGGGAAGCAUGACUUUGGACAUAUACCGGUGGAAUUUGGAGAUGUCCUCCACUGUGCAUCAACAGACACUUUUAAUUGAAAGCUUAAAGCGCAUAAACACCUUCACAGCCUCUGGAGGCAAUGUUUACCUGAUUCUUCCUGGAUCAAGAGGCUCAUCUCUCUUUGAAUGGAGAACAGACACGGGGCUGUUUGAGAAGGCACUGAAUCUUCCUGCAGCCAAUGACAUCUUCCCGCUCACUGUGACUUCUUUAAAUGAAAACAGAACUUUACUUGCACUUGCUGCUGAAGGUUAUUUUGCUAUAUAUGAACUUUCCAGCAUACAUCAUCCGUCAGAUUUCAUACCUGUAUCUAGCAAGCUGGUGUUUGAGCCCAUGGAGAGCAAUAUGACAAUUGCUGUGACUAUUCUGGAAGAUGACAUUCCAGAAGAUGAUGAAGAAUUUAAAAUUAUUCUCAAACAUCCGGAUGGAGGUGCAGAAGUUGGUCCAUAUAGCCAAGCCACGAUCACCAUCCGGUCCAAUGACGAUGUCCAUGGGGUAUUUGGAUUCUCCAAGGAGUCUCUUUAUACAGAACUGGAAGAGCUCCCUGUAGACCAAAUGGUGAGCUUUAUUGUGGAACGUCAGCUUGGGACUCUGGGUCAGGUGUCUGUGCACUGGAUUGCUAUCGGUGAUGUUAAUGACAUCACACCAAAUUCUGGAGUGGUCUUAUUUUUAUCUGGCCAAAACAUUUCUGUGCUGAGCUUGACUGUGUUCGAGGAUGCCAUUCCUGAGUUGACAGAGUCCAUCUCCAUACAACUGAGCAGUGUCACUGUGUCUGGACGGGAUGGCCAGACAAGGGCCAGGAUUGACGCCUCCAGCGGCAACGCUUUGCUAAACAUCUUGGCUAAUGAUUCACCCUUCGGUAUAUUCGGCUGGCAUCCUGAGUCAUGGUUCGUCACUGUAGAAGAACCCUCAGAAAAUGUCAGUCAUGUGGAGCUGAAGGUGAGCAGGGAAGGUGGCUCAUAUGGAGAUGUGGCCGUACAUUACUUGACAACCGUAGCCGGAUCCCAACCAAUGGUGCACAGGGCAUCUGAGAACAUGGAUUUUACUGCCACAGUGGCCAGCAUCAUCUUAAGAGAAAACACAACGGAGGCAAUUGUCCAGAUAGAAAUUCUACCCGAUGCAGUUCCAGAGCUGAGGGAGACGUUCUAUGUGAACAUUUCGGCAGUGGAGCUGUUGGGAAACGUGUCUGGGGACUCCCGGCCGACUGUCAGACGCCUUGGGGCAGAGCUGGCUGGGAUUACUGUGGAGGAGAACGAUGAACCUCAUGGAUUCAUUCAGUUCAAUGUCACCCGGGAGAUAAGUGGAGUUGUACUUGGCCAUGAGCUCCCACCCCCGGACAAUGUGCUGCGGCUGCCAGUGAUCCGGGUGGCUGGACACUUUGGAGAUGUGGGCCUGCAUUGGGAGGCUCGUGUGGGAACAGCGAGCCGGGAAGACUUCACUCCAGCAAGUGGAACAGUGGCCUUCACUGAUGGCCAGGCUGUCGGUGUCAUUGAAGUUUCCAUUAUUGAUGAUUAUAUGUUUGAGCACAUGGAGACCUUUAGUAUUCAUCUGAUUCUGGUUACUGGAGGAGCCAAACUCGGAGGAGAUAUUAUUGCCACUAUCAACAUCCCAAGCAACGAUUCUCCUUUUGGCCUCUUUGCUUUUGAACAGACAAUACUGCACGUGCAGGAAUCGCGCACAUUUGAUGACCCCGAUGGCCUGUUGGAAGCUGCCAUCACCAGGGUCCAUGGAACCACUGGGACCAUCCAAGUGACGUGGCAGCUGGAGAUGGCAGCUCGAGAUGACCUUAUUCCUCUUUCUGGCAUUGUCACUUUUCGAGACGGUGACAGCCGAAAGACAAUCAGCCUCCGCACCUUGCCAGACUCCGUGCUGGAAGGGGAGGAGACAUAUACUGUACAGCUCGUGUCCGCCGCCACCAACGGCGAAAUCUCUGCAACGGGUGGCAGAGCUGCGAUUGUGAUCUCAGCGGACCCAGAUGCAGCAGGAGUCAUCUCUGUCGCCAGCGUAUCCAGACAAGUGUUUAUAGGAGAGCCUCAUGGGACGUGCAAUGGGACCGCCGUAGUGAAUCUUGAGCGAGGACCCGGCAUCUUUGGAGAAGUUUCAGUAACCUGGAGGAUGGCCCCAGAGGAUGGCAGCGCCUUCGCAGAGACAUCUGGCACAGUUUUAUUUGAGAAUGAACAGUCGGCCGCGACCAUUUUCCUCAAGGCAUUGGAUGAUGACAUCCCAGAGCUGCAACAGACGUUUCAGCUGAAGCUGGUGAUGGCGAAUGGAGGAGCCAGGGUGAAUAGCCAGGCCGACAGCGCGGAGAUCUUCCUGGCAGGCAGCGACUACCCUCAUGGAAAAUUCCACUUCUCCCAAGAUCUCAUUCACAUGUCAGAAGCCGCCCCAUUGGCGAACGCGUCUGUAGUACGUGACGGCGGCAGCCUGGGUUAUGUGCGACUGCUGUACCUCACCGUGCCUGGCACGGCCACGGAAGGCCGUGACUAUGAGCGGCUGCAUGGGGAUUUGGUGUUUGAGGAGGGAGAGCGGCUAAAGCUUCUCGGACUGAAGAUUCUGAACGAUGAGAUAUCGGAGGGGCCAGAGGACUUCUACCUCAAUAUCACCCAAGUUCAGCUGAUCUCCGAUGGUGAGAGGUAUUCUGCGGAGAGAGAGCACGGCUCGGGAGCCGAGGAGCCGCCUGCUCUGGGUGUUCCCUUCUCCCUGCGGGUGCUGAUAGAGAAGGAUGAUGGCGCUGAAGGGGUCAUAGAGUUUGACUCUGCAUCUGGCAUGUCUGUUGCGGAGGAGGAUGGUGUUUUGCUCGUGCCACUGGCAAGGCACAAGGGCACGUAUGGGUCAGUCAUGGUCCUUUACGUGUCGAGGGGUGUCACAGCUCAACCUGGGGGUGAAGAUUACCUCCUUCCGGAUGGUGCGGCCCUCUUCAUGGAUGGACAGAAUGUCAGCUUCAUCAACGUAUCCAUCACCGAUGAUGACGAAAGAGAGUUUGAGGAAACCUUUGAAAUUCAACUGGUUUCAACAACGGGCGGUGCAGUGCUGGGCUCACGUCUCAUCGCCACCAUCACCAUAGCCAAGAGUGAUGCUCCCAAUGGCCUCAUAGGCUUCCUGGGAGGUACGCGGCUGAUUGUUCCCAACCCCAAUGUUACUCACCAGCUGGUGCUGCCCAUCAGGAGGAGUGCAGGCCUUAUUGGUGAACAGCAGGUACACUGGAACAUUUUAGGUCCCAACGGUGAGCAGGCCUUGCCAGAAGAGAACCAAGACCUGCUGCCUCCAGUGCAAGGGCUUGUGGUGUUUGAUGAUGGCGAGGGUGGAGAAAAAUACUUGAGGUUACAAGUCCUGCCGCACGUUGGGGCGGAAGUGACAGAGACCUUUUUUAUUCGACUGCACAGAGUGGUAGGAGGAGCCGACCGACAGCCCGAGUCUUGGGAAGUGUCUCUCACCAUUCUCAAGCAUGGAGACCCUAAUGGAGUAGUACAGUUCACUGAUCAGUAUUUAAUGCAUAAAACAAUUGUGGAGCCCACGGUGAAAGAAGGCCCUCUCGCACUUACCUUCCCGAUCACCAGAAGCAAGGGAACUAUGGGAGACAUUAAGGUUUACUGGGAGGUUCAAAGUGACGCUGGGGUUGAAGAGGAUUUUGAAACAAGUCACGGAGUGGUGACAAUCCCUGACAUGGAGAGAGAUGCUGCAAUCAUUCUUUGGCUCCUGCCGGAUGAUGUGGCAGAGCUUGAUGAGACUUUUCGCGUCUCCAUCACUCGGGUGGAGGGAGGGGCCGAGAUAGAACCUGGCAGGAACAGCACCCUACUCACCGUUCCUGCCAACGGAGAUCCACAUGGUAUUUUUGCACUGCUGCCCAAUUGGCAAGCAGUGGUCAGCAGCCAGAAUGUGACCCGAGCAAUCAAGCUAAACAUGAGCAGGCUGGCGGGAGCCCAUGAUGAUGUGGUGGUGUCAUACCACGUCCGUGCAUCAACAGGCCAGGAUAUUGGCUUUGGGAGCAUAACAAUACAAGAUGGGGCCUUCUAUGGCUUAGCAUUCAUUCCUAUUUUAAUAGAGGAGUUUUUACCUGUCGGCUUCACAUUCGUGGCGACUCUCACAAAUGUCCGCCUGGCAUCUGGCACCUCCCCCCGGCCUCCCAGAGUCCACAGUGAUCAAAACUCCGUGAUAAUUACAGUUACUGCUGAAGCUGCAAAUGCCAUGGUGGGUUUUGAUAAGACUGUUCUUAGGGUGAGCAACGUAAGCUCCGGCGAGUGUGAGGCUGUGGUCUCCCGCUACGGGAAAUUCGGGGAUGUCACCGUGCGCUGGAGCAGUGGGUUUCCAAAGGGAAGCAGCGCAAAUGCCUUCUCAGCGGGCAUAAUUAUUCCACCAGCCGGUUUGAUUCAUUUUGCCCAUGGACAACAACACCAUUCUGUAGACCUUCUGCUGAUGCCACGUAGCAAGCAGCUUGAAUCAUUUGCUGUUCAUAUCACAGAGGUAUACAGCAGUGUAAAUGGUGGGGCCAAGAUAAGGCAGAAUCAGUCGUUUGCCAAAAUCGAGCCAUUUGGAGUCUUCCAGUUUGACCAAGCCAUGCAGCCCCUGAGGAUACAAGAAGCCAAUGGCUAUGCCGUGCUGAAGAUCCAGAGACUGUAUGGCUAUGAAGGCAAUGGAACUCGACUGACAUACCAAACCAUCAGUGGUUCAGCUACGCCAAACUUAGACUUUGUUCCUGUGCUCGAGGCAGAAGUGAUUUUCCAAAGGGGACAAAUUGAGGCCCUGAUAGAAAUGUCUGUGCUUGAUGAUGACAUACCUGAACCGGACGAGGUGUUUUUCGUUAACCUUACUGGAUUGUCUGCUUGGCCUGAGCCUGAUGACCCAGAGCAUAGUCCCCGACUAAACCCGGAUGGCAGCUCUGAGGCCAUUACUAUUGUAGCAAAUGAUGACCCCCACGGGGUACUCGGUUUGAGUCCCAGGGAAAUGCUUGUUGUGGAAGACAAGGUACAUAUUGUAAAGUUGAUUGUCCGUCGAGUUCGAGGGCUUUUUGGAACAGUUGGCGUGACUGUCAGAGCUGCAGGAAGCCGAUUUGUUCCUUCUCUAUUGGCCUCCGUUGAGUUGCAACACGCUCUGGCCAACAAUACGUUACCACUGGCGACAGAAGGAGAAGACUUUGAGUCAUUGGAUGCGAACGUGAGCCUGCACGAGGGAGUGCCGGAGGCUUUAGUCACACUCACGAUCCUCGAUGACGAUGUCACGGAGGGCAAGGAGGCUUUCUUUGUAUACUUGACUGAUCCCAUUGGAGGGGCCUCAAUAGCAACAAAUGACUCUGGACUGAGAGGAUAUGCUAAAGUAAUCAUUCUAGGAAAUGAUCUGCAGAAUGGAAUGUUGGGAUUUUCUCCACAUUUCCUGUUGGGAGUGGUGCUGGAUGAAGAUUCGGAAGAAAGCCGCUCUGCAGAGCUCAUAAUAAUACGGCAGAAAGAAAGGGUCUUUGAUGAUGUACGUGUGGCCUGGAGGGCGACCUUUGACAAGGACACAGUGCAGUUACACAGAGAGGGUGUGAGCCUAGAGAAGGAGCUGGAGGCGGUGACUGGGGAGACUGUGUGUCAAGCGGGACAUUUCAGCUGUCCAAUUCGUGUGGGCCUCAGGCCUGAUAAGGUGCCCGAAAUCCAAGCUUGGUUCCUGCUUGAGAUCUACUGGGUCGGUGAGGGUGCGGCUAUCAACAGCACGAGCCGUUUUGCCAACGUGACCGUGGAGAGCAGCGACCACCCUCACGGCCUCGUCCUCUUCGCCGUGGGCUCCAGGCUGAUGGUCACGCACCAGAAGUCCAGCGUCGUCACCUUGCGUGUCGUGCGCGAAUACGGAAUUUCCACACCCGUCGCCGUGCACUACAGGAUUCUGGAGCUGCGUCGUGCAGAGAUGGAGAUUGGCGGCGUGAUGAUUUACCCAGCUAUUGCAAACCAAGAUUUUGUUCCAUCUGAGGGGCAUCUGGAAUUCCAGCCAGGCCAGCGUGAGGUGUCACUCGACAUCACGCUCACGCCCGAGAGUGCAUCUCCCAAUCCCGUCCCCAAGCGCUUCCAAGUGCUGCUGAGCUCCCCGACAGGGGGCGUGGGGCUGGAUGAGCAGUACAACCUGGCCAAUGUUACAGUCGUGACGGACGCAGACACGCAGUUCUACUGGAGUCUCCUGGAUCCUCUUCAGCAGCCUGUGGAGGAGGCUACCAUCAAGCGCAUCCUGCAGACUCUGGAAAGCAAAGUGGGGCGGGAGCAAGAGGCAUCGCCCGAGCAGCUUAGCGCCUGCCUGCAGGUGCUGCAUCAGAUAAUUAGUGAAGGAGAGAAGCGAGCUCUCAAUGAGUCGAUUAAUAAGGUGAUCUACAACAUCUUGUGUCACCUGGUGGACCCAAGCCGGCUCGAUACGCGUGGAUAUACGCUUCUUGGGGAGGUGACGGAACGUUUUGCCUUCUCCCUGCUUACAGGCAUCCAAUGUGACUCUGCCCCAAUCAGAGGCAAGACCAUGCUGGAUUCAUGUGGGCGUCUGAUGGUGCUGUCUGCCCGUUGGUACCCUCAACAAAUAAAUGGACAUCACUUUGUGGGCCGAGCCGCAGAUUCCUUGGCUCUACCAGAACGACUGCUGCCUGUGACUGGCCCCAGCCUGCAGGAGUGUUAUGAUGUUCUCUUCGUUGAGUACCGGAGCCAGCAGUGGUACCAACCAAAAGACCAGCCAUCUGUGAUGGCAGGCACGGUAUUGUCGGUUGGCGUGAAGGGCAUCCCAUCAAGGCCACUUACACAGGAAGGAGAAGUCACGUACAGGAUACACGCCACAGACAGAAGGGUGGUGCCACAUAAGUCUGCUUGUCUUCUCUGGAACCCUGCUGAUGAGGGUUGGUUGGCGGACAGCAAAUACUGCCGGGUUGUAGAAGACUCUUUCAACUUUGUUGAAUGCGCCUGUUCUCACAUGUCGACAUAUGCCGUUUAUGGUAAAACGGACAACCUGACAUCUUACAAUUUAGCUGUCUACAUAUCCUGUAUCAUAUGCAUGACUGGCCUAGCCCUGGCGCUCCUUGCACAUCUUCUCUGCUCCCGUCUCUCCAUGUUUGCAGCCAAGCUGCUCAUGCACAUGCUGUUUGCAUGUUUUGCCACGCAGGUGGUCUUUCUAAUCGCCGCCUAUGUAAGUGGCCAGGUGUCAGAUGAGAGCUGUUUUGCAGUGGGACUGAUCGUGCACUACUUCUUCCUGGCGCAGUUCACCUGGAUACUGGUGCAGUCCAUCAAUCUGUGGCAGGUGCUGGUGCUGAAUGACGAACACACAGACCGGCGUUUCCCACUCUUUGUAAUCCUGGGUUGGGGGCUGCCCGUGGCCCUGCUUGUCCUGUUGUUGAUUGUCCUCUUGGCUGCGCUCGGCUGGGAGUCACGAAACAUUUACGGCGCCAUUCAUGGUGAUCUCUGCUUUGUCCGUGAGCAGUACGUGGCGCUGGUGUCGGCCGUACUUGGACCACUCGUGUGCCUGCUGGCUUCAACGGUCACCCUCUUGCAUGCCUACCAGCUGGCUGAGCAGUGGCGCAGCUACGAUGACGUUUUCAGGGGCAAGCCAAACUCCUCAGAGGUCCCACUUAUCCUGUACUUGUUUGUGCUAAUCACAUUGAGCUGGCUCUGGGGAGGACUGCACUUGGCAUAUCGGAGACUGUGGAUGCUUAUUCUGUUUGUGAUCUGCAAUAGUCUGCAGGGCCUGUACACGCUGGUGGUCUAUGCAGUGCUGCGGAAUCAGCUGUGCUGGCCAGUGAAAACCAGCUACAAUUUAAAUGCAAGCAGAGAGGCGUCUGGGAGGGCAACUCACCCCUUGCCUGGCAGUACGUAUCCUGAGGACAUUGGAGACAUCAACAAAAGCACCCAGAACCUCAUCACUGCUCUUGAGGAGGUAAUAACCUGUCCACAACAACCACUCUUCCUUGCACCACCCAAGUGGACUGGCCUGGCCGCUCCGUACGCCAAGCGAGCCGUGCCCAAAUCCUUCCCGAGGAGAGCCCUCAAAGGGGCCUCCGCUAUGACCCCACGUACGCGUACGUCAACAACGGACUGCUUCCAGACGAAGACUCGCAGGACUUUGAUGACCUAAUUUUUGCACUCAAAGCGGGCGCUGGACUGAGUGUGAGUGAGGAUGGCUCCUACAGAGACAGCCAGGAUGGCGGGAGCAUAAGGAACUCCCAAAUCGUGGAACUGAAACGGAUUCCAAUAGCAGACACCCACUUGUAACGCAACGUGCGGUUUCCCGACACUCUUUACUGAAAACAAUAGCUAAGUAUAACUCAUUAGUGUAAUUUUAUAUUUUCUUUUCAAAGUAUAUCGAUAGAAGAUAAGAUUUUCACCCACAAAACCUGUUUGUCUGUGGAAAGACCAGCUGGUUAAUGAUGUGGUUUUGCUUUUGACAUACAUAACAUAGAUAAUUUAAUAACAAGUAAUUAACAAUGCGGUGUUGGCUGUUCGUGCGCAAUUUCAAUACAGGAAUGAAAAGGGUGGUGUUUUGUUGUUUUUACAUUUGAUGUUAUUACGUGCAUUAGCAUUUUUUUUACCCAGAACUAUGCUCCAAAUUAGUCACAUUUAAAUUAGUAUGCCUUUUUAAAGCUAGUAACAGUAUUUUAUUGUUAAUUUUGUUUUGUUCUUUGGUGCAACGAUAAGUGAUAUAUUCGAAGAGCAGGACAUUUUGGUGGUAGAUUUACGUAGGUCCUGUAAAAGUGUAUCCAUAUUUAUUCCAAUUGGCCUCAUUAAACAGCAAUAACUGCAUGAGUUUCCCAAGCAGUGCGACUAAACAAAGUUGCUUAUAUAUUAAUAUAUGUGGAAAUAUAUGACACUAUGUACGGUAUAUAUUUAAAUUAAUAAGGUAAGACCACAUUUUAAUUAAUAAUACAAACAUAGAAUAUUCAUUGGAAGCGUUGUUACCAUGCAGUCAUCAUCCAGCAUUUAUAUAAGGUACUACGUGACACAUUGAAAUAACCAUCUUUUUGCUUGACUGAAAGCAGUAGUAAAUGAAAUUUUAGGAUGGGAGGUGGACAAUUUACGUGUUACAUGACGAAAGACUUAUAAUGAAUUAAAGGAAACUGUACAUGUUUACUUAAUGUCAUUUUGCCAAGGUUAUGUUUAUUUCCUUCAACAUGAAAGACACAUCUAUGAGUGAAUUUAGCAUUCUUGUAGAAUGUUGUUUGUGCUCUCGUAAGACCACUUAAGCUUCCGCUGCUGACAUGCCAUUAUAAUGUAUUGUAGUCAGUCUUCAUUGUACUCACCGCUGUCAAGUAACAAUAAAGCAACUGUUUAUAACUUUCA